AUGUCCAAGCCAGUGGUGAUACUCGAUAAGACGCUAUUUAUCAAGACCUUGCAAGUUAUUGGAGUACGUGUAGAAGCAAAGAAAAUUGGUCAUAUCGUGAAGAAAUUACAUGGUCAUUUACUUAAUCUACCUCGACUACGGAAUGUUGUACCUGAUCCAAUCAAUCCUGAUCCAAUCAAUCCUGAUCCAGGCAAGAAUUCAAGUAGUAAAUUGAUUCUACUCUCUACAAAAGUGACAAAUCUUGAGACGUUGCAGCCUUUACAUGAAGAUCUUGUGACGUUUCUAAGACAAGAGAGUAUAGCUUUUGUCAAUCACAUGAUUGAACUUGAUUAUACUUACUUUAGUGUAGAUCAGGUCUUGAGUGAAUGCUUACCAAAGGGCAUGGACAUUCCAAGCUCAUUUGAGACAGUUGGCCAUAUUGCUCACUUAAAUUUAAGAGACAAUCAAUUACCAUACAAGAACAUUAUUGGACAGGUUAUUCUAGACAAGAACGCACAGAUUCGGACCGUUGUGAACAAGAUUGAUAACAUUGAGACCAAGUUUCGUACCUUCCCAAUGGAAGUGCUCGCGGGUGAAAAUAAUAUGGAAGUGGAAGUACAUGAAAGCAAGGCUACUUUUAAAUUUAACUAUGCACAGGUCUACUGGAAUUCGCGACUGCAACAAGAGCAUUUACGAAUUAUCCGUCUUAUUAAACCUAAGGAUGUAGUUUGCGAUAUGAUGUGUGGCAUUGGACCUUUUGCUAUUCCAGUGGCGAUGAAUGGCAGCAAGGUUUAUGCAAACGACCUGAAUCCGAGAAGCUACCAUUAUUUGCAGCAAAAUAUUGCGCUGAACAAGGUAGAGAAACUCGUUAGGCCUUACAAUCUCGACGGCCGUGACUUUUUGGCCAAGCUGCUGAGCGAGAAGAAGCACUUUUCACAUGUGAUUAUGAAUCUACCGGCUAUUGCGCUUGAAUUUUUGGAUGCGUUUCCUAAACAGUUCGAUCACUGGGAAGGCGAGCUUCCGUAUAUCUACUGCUACUGCUUUUCUAAUGCGGAAGACGUUCAGAAGGACGUGAAAGAACGUGCUGAAAAGAUCAUGCGCGGUAAGCUGGAUCCGGAACGAACGUCAUUUCACCUCGUUCGUGACGUAGCCCCCAAGAAAGUCAUGGUCUGCAUUUCGUUCCAACUGCCCGAGUCGAUUGCAUUCAGCUCGGAGCGUCAAACCUUGAUGCAGGACGACCCGAAGCGCCGGAAGAUACAGGCCGAAGCCGCAGCAUAA